AUGUUUAGCGAGCGGUAUCCAUUCGAAUUGGUUCCUAUUCCUUUGCGCGGGAACAAGUUCAUAGUGGGGAUGGACUGGUUGAGCCUCAAUUGGGCGGUGAAUGAUUGUGAGCGCCAGCUGGUACGUGUUCGGACCCCAAGUGGGGGAGAGUUGGUGGUCAAUGGGGAGGGCGCUCAGUGCGGGCCGGUCCUAUGCUCAGCCCCUAGGCCCAGUCGCUAUCUUUAUCAGGGUUAUUCCACUUUUGCCACCUAUGUUAUGGAUACCCGGGAGAAGGGUAAGGCGUUGGUUGAUGAUGUGCCGAUUGUGCGGGAGUACCCGAAUAUGUUUCCGGAGGAUUUUCCUGGGGUGCCUCCGGGGAGGCAGGUGGAGUUCCGGAUUGACUUGGUUCCUGGUGCGGCUCGGAUAGCCAAAGCACCAUAUCGGUUAGCUCCACCAGAGAUGCAGGAGUUGUGUACACAGCUACAGGAGCUAUUAGACAAAGGAUUAAUCCGACCGAGUAGUUCACCAUGGGGUACAUCGAUCUUGUAUGUGAAGAAGAAUGAUGGGUCACAUCGGAUGUAUAUUGACUAUCGAGAGCUGAAUAGGAUAACGGUGAAGAACCAUUAUCCAGUCCCGAGGAUUUAUGACUGGUUUGACCAACUUCAUGGUGCGUCUUGGUUUUCCAAGCUUGAUCUACGUUCUAUUUAUCAUCAGAUGAGGUUCAGAGAGGACGACGUGCAGAAGACGUCCUUCUGUACUCGUUAUGGUCAUUACGAGUUCGUGGUGAUUCCCUUCAGGCUCACUAAUGCUCCAUCUGUGUUCAUGGACCUCAUGAACUGCAUGUGCCUACUGAUGUUGGAUAGGUUUGUGAUUGUAUUCACCGAUGACAUCCUGUUGCGCAAGGUGUGGUUCCUGGGGUACCUUGUCAACCAGAAUGGUAUUUUGGUCGAUCCGACCAAGGUCGAGGCCGUGAGUAGGUGGGAGGUUUCGAGGUCUCCAUCUGAGAUUCGCAGUUUCCUUGGGUUGGCGGGAUAUUACUGGAGGUUUAUUCAGGAUUUCUCCAAGAUAGCGGUUCCCGCAAUCCGACUGACGAAGAAGACUGCCACUUUUCGCUGGGGGCCUGAUCAGCAGGCAACAUUUGAGACCCUGAUACAGAGAUUGUGCAAGGUGUCAAUUCUGGCCCUGCCAGAGGGUGUUGAGGAUUUGGUGGUUUAUUGUGACGCGUCUAUCAAAGGAUUAGGCACGGUCUUGAUGCAUAGGGGUCGUGUUAUUGCAUACGCUUCAAGGCAGCUGAAGCCUCAUGAGGCGAACUAUCCGACGCAUGAUUUGGAGAUGGGGGUUAUGGUUUUUGCCCUCAAGAUUUGGCGACAUUACCUAUAUAGGGAUUAUGAUUGUGAGAUCCUUUACCAUCCGGGGAAGGCCAAUGUGGUGGAUGAUGCUCUUAGCCGCAAGGCGGUUGCGGCUCCGGUCAGGGAUAUUUUUCUGAGGACGACAGUGAUUACUCCGCUUUUGAAGCAGAUUCGAGAGGCAUAG